GAACAUGGUUAGGAUUGUUUUGAUGGGAUAGCGGAGCCAUCUUGUUUUAUAUCCGUGGUAAGCGCGUUUCCCAGAGGAAAGAGCUAUGGAGUCUCAUACGAUAUCUCGAUCAUAAUAACCAUUUAAAUACACACAACAGAGCAUCGAAACUCAUUUUCGAAGGAAUACACAAACCAUCCAUAAACAGUGUGCGUUUUGCAUUUGUUUGCACGGGAGCUGCUGUUAUAUGUGCAUUUCUCUCUCUCUCUCUCCACAUUUUCUUCGGUGUGAGCUGCUAUGAAUGGAGGCUAAAUGUUGCCGAAGACUGACAGCGGUGGUUUUGUGCUUCUCCUCUUUAUUCUAACACUAACAGAUCCGCCACGGACAGGUUCACAGCUCGCUCUGGCCAGACUUCUGUCAGAGCUGCGCUGCAGUCCGAACCAGUUUGCCUGCCGGAGUGGAAAAUUGCAGUGCAUUCCUCUGUCCUGGCAGUGUGAUGGUUGGACGGCAUGUGAGGACAAAAGUGAUGAGAUAGAUUGCCCCACAAUAAAAGAAGAGCGACAUCGAUAUAGCAACGGGUUCGAGCCGGUGGAAGAUGUUAUGGGUGUCGCUCAGCCAAUCCGCUUCAAUAAGAAGUGUCCAAGCGGAUGGCACCAUUACGAAAAAACAGCCAGCUGUUAUAAAGUCUACCUGAAAAACGAGAACUACUGGCAGGCGGUAGAAACCUGCCAGAAAGUCAACGGCUCCCUCGCUACGUUCAGCACCAACGAGGAGCUGCAGUUCAUCCUGAAGAUAGAAGUGGAUUUCAAUGAAAACGUGUGCGAACGAAAGGAUCAGUGCAAGUUCUGGGUUGGAUAUCAAUAUGUGAUUACUAACCAGAAUCAUUCUCUGGAGGGCCGAUGGGAGGUGGCAUAUAAAGGAUCCAUGCAGGUGUUUCUUCCUCCCGAGGGUUUGGCUAAACUCGGCGAGGCGAACCCCACCCAGGACAGCGUGUUCUGUGCCCAGCUGCAGCGCUUUCAGAUCAAGAGCAUGAAUGAGCGAGGAUUGCAUAGCUGGCACGCAGAGAACUGCUACAAAAAAUUCCCCUUCCUCUGCAAGAGAAGACAAACAUGUGUCGACAUCAAAGACAAUGUGGUGAACGAAGGCUAUUAUUUCACACCCAAGGGAGACGAUCCCUGUCUGAGCUGCACGUGUCAUGACGGAGAGCCGGAGAUGUGUGUGGCCGCGCUGUGCGAACGCCCACAGGGCUGCCAGCAUUUUCGCAAGGACCCCAAAGAGUGCUGCAGAUUCACCUGCUUGGAUCCUGAUGGCAGUAGUCUGUUCGACUCUAUGGCCAGUGGCAUGCGGCUCAUCGUCAGCUGUAUCUCGUCCUUCCUCAUCCUCUCUCUGUUGCUCUUCAUGGUGCACAGACUGAGACAGCGGCGACGAGAGCGCAUCGAGACCCUCAUCGGAGGCAACCUGCAUCAUUUCAAUUUGGGUCGGAGGGUGCCUGGCUUUGACUACGGGCCGGAUGUGUUUGGGACGGGGCUGACGCCUCUGCACCUCUCGGAUGAUGGUGACGGGGGAGCGUUUCACUUUCAAGAGCCGCCGCCCCCUUAUGCUGCUUACAAAUACCCAGAUAUCCACCACCCAGAUGAUCCUCCGCCACCAUACGAGGCCUCCAUCAAUCCAGACAGCAUCCUUUUUAUGGACCUCGGGCGAACCGGGGUUCCUCUGGUCUCCGGACAUGUCAGCGCUGCAGCCGAUACCCUUCAGAGGGAUUACUCGGAGCAGGUGUCCACCCCGCCGCCGCCCCUGGAGGAGCGUGAAGACUCCAUCGACAGCAGCACCCUAUUGGUGUCUCCAGACACCCCCAGCGAAUCAGAGAACAGCAUCACUGAGAGCUCCAGCGUGGACUGCACCAGCAGACCCUCACUGAGCACCGUGGUAUAGGACUGGAGAUAUAGAGAGACGAGAACGCCGGCAUCCCAAAAGGUUUUGUUGGCUCUGGGACUCAAGAACGUUUCCUUUUCGAGGCAAAAACUUUUGAUAUUACAGAAGGAUGGUCACUUUGAAUUUUUAUUCAUGUCCCCUUGUGUAAAUACUUCAUUCGACCCUCGAUUUGUUGCAUCACUUCAUAUAAGCUUACGCGGAUGAACAGUGGAAGACGAGUCACCGUCUAUGUGGUUUACACUGGCAUGUGUCAAUCACCACACUUUGAUGUGCUUGAUAAAAGGCAUUUAGGUGAUGUAUUGACGACUGGAAUAAGCACACACUGGCUAUUUUCCUAUACUGCUCUGUCCAAACUGAUCCUUCCGACCCUUUCCGGGCACCGGAUAACAAUCCAACCCACCCAGAAGGGUCAGUUUGGAUAUGAGCCGGAUUCUGUGAUGUCUGUUUUUUACAUAACUCUGUGUCGGAUCGGAAGCACAAACUCAUAAACAACAACAGAAAAAGUUGUUUUGGUACAGAUGUUAGUUAAAUGCUGCGACGUUUAAAUAUCCUGCUGUGACAUGCAAUGCAAAUUCAUUGGCUGUUUUGGAAAGAUUGUCGUCCAACCUUGAAGCAUUUGGGCUUUUUUAGGAGGCACACAUACUCCAGACUUUGACAUUAGUGAUGUCUCAACGAUUGGUUUUGCAUUUGCGUACUUUUUAAAUCAGUCUCACGAAAGACCAGUUCUGGAAACAAAUAUAUUUGUAAAAGUACAAAUGUACCGUAAGACGCAUCAAUGUAGUAUGUGUUGUACUAAAUGUAAUGUAUGCUGGUUUUAUUUUAAAUGUGAUAGUUUUCAUUACUGUAGUACAGUAAUGAGAAUUGUUUGUUCAAUAUUUUCUAAUGCAAAACAUAGGCCAUGUUCACACAGUCUUUUAAUACGUAUUUUUGAGUUCGCACACAAUUCGGUUAUUUACAACCAAUGCUUCCUAUGACCGAAUUCACAUGACAUUUUACAGAAAUUUUAGGCAGUUGAACCGAACUGAACAACUAGUAGUUGUUGACGUAUUUAAAUGUAGAUCAGGCAUGAUGGUUUUAAUACAUAGACAUGAUGACUGAAGAACCGUGCGGUUCACAAACACACAGCACACAACAUCUUUGUAAACGGUGGUUUAGUUAAAAUUGCAGAACAUAACACUGUAAUAUUAACUUGAUCGAAACCGCGCAUACUAACCAUGUGAGAUGGCAAAAUGUUGCUACAAUUACCUCUGUAAAAAAUGAACGACGUGUCUCCAUAGACUUCCAUUGUAAAAAAAAUAAAGCCAAAAUAUCUCAAAAUAUUAUGCCCGCUGACAUCAAGGUCCCCCAACACGUUUUCCUGUUUAACUCGAUCACAAACACAAAUGAAGUCGUCACACUCCUUUUUAAUAGCAUUUAAUAACCAACUUAAACCAAACUUAUUAGAAAAACAAACACUUAAAAGUGCAUCAACAAUAUAAGAAAUAAGUUAAAUAACAGAAACCAUAAUUUGGAAAAAUAAAAACUUUUUUUAAAGUCCCCAUGAAAUCAAAAUUAAAGGAUUAGUCUAUUUUCUUAAAAAAAUCCAGAUAAUUUACUCACCCCCGUGUCAUCCAAAUUGUUUCUUUCUUCGUUCAGUCCAGAAGAAAUUAAGUUUUUUGAGAAAAACAUUCCAUGAUUUUUCUCAAUUUAUUAGACUUUGUUGGACCCCAACAGUUUACAGUUUAAAUGCAGUUUAAAAUUGAACUUUCAACACAGCUUCCAGGGUUUCCCGCAGAAAAUUUGUUGGUUAAGGUGGUAGGGUUGGGCGGAUGGCUGGGGCCUGGGGGUAUGGCAAUCAAAGGGGCGGGGCGUACGCGUAAUGCGUGCACGCUCACGGUGUGAAGCGCGUCCACGCUAUUCUCCGAGAUGUUUUAUCAACUGGCUAGUUAUCCUCCAGACUGUGACGGACCACGUAAUUUCGGGUGUGUGGCGCGCAUGCCCGCUCUUGUUGUGAAGCACGUCUGCGCUAUUCUCCAGAUGCACUUGACAGCCUUUUGUUUUUUGGACGACCUAGUUAAGGCGGUAGGGUUUCCCAGGUUAGGUGGGCCGCCCGAACUGCAAAGUGCUGGGGAAACCCUGGCUUCAAAGAACUCUAAACAAUCCCAAAUGAGGCAUAACUGUUCGUUCACACCAGACGUGGAAGAGGCUGCAAAAACGUGCUAUUCGCACGUAGUUGGACGCUUUAACAUUUUGAGUUCACUCGCUUCAUUCGCACGUGAAAAUUUAGUCGUUCAAGACAUUCACGUGGAAAUUUGCGUCAUGUGAGGGGCUUCUGCGAAUACGCUCGCUUCCUGUAAUCACGUCACUACUAGAGCAAGCUCCUGAUUGGUUAUCCAUUUCCCACGGCAACGUUCAAUUCGCGCGGAACGUGCCGCAGGAUGCCUAUCUUUGCAUUGACUUAACAUGUAAAUCACUCGCGCUUGCUGUGAAAGCAGUUUUUGGCAAGAAAAUUUUUUAAUUUGUACUUUUAAACCACAACUUCUUGUCUUGCACUGCCCGUGUGACGCACCAGCAUCGGCUGUAUUUAUUUUACUUUUUUUAAGAAAAUUGAGUAUUUCUUUAAACUUUUCUCAUUUUAGUAUAAAUAUGUUAGGCUUAAGGAGAUAUAUAAACGCUGAAAAAAUUUGCAUACAGAAAAUGACAGUUUGGCACAUGUGCUAAAAAAUGCCUUCGGAAAAAGUCUAGCUGGCUGGAUUUAUGACCUAUACUGCAGGCAGCCACCAGGGGGCGAUCAAAAUAUUUUGCUUCACUUUUAAGAAAGCGUUUAGCACACCUGUUCAUCACGUAAGGAAUAAUUGACGACGGGCCAUUGAAUUAUAAGAAAAUAAUGCACACCAAGGUGGUAAUGCGGCACGGCGCGAAGCGGAGUGCCGUUACACCGCAGGUGUGCAUUAUUUUCAAAUAAUUCAAAGGACCGGAGUCAAUUAUUCCGCUUAUACCACGGUUACCACAAACAUUGCUCUGGUGCCUAUUUUUAAGACAUUUGAAAAGUUAGGUGUGCGGUUUACAGAAAAAUAAUCAACACCUAUAGAACAUUUCUCAGCCAAUCAGAAUGCAGCAUUCAACAGACCCGUGGUAUAAUUGUAAAAAAUUUCCAUUUUAAACAUGGCCAUUGUUUUCUGUUUAUUUUUGUUGUGAGAUUUAGGCACUACUUUAAUUCAUGUUUUGAAUACAGAAUGUCAUAAAGGGAAUUUCUAAAUAUUUUCACACACUUUUUGCCUCUCAAAAUCUAAAAGCAGUGUGCUAUAAUGCAGAUCUAUGUUUCUUGAGUUUGGAUUUAGAUGUUUAGAUUUACGGACAAUUAUAAGGUUUGCAUUCAUGUUAUGUGUGUGAGUGUAUUGUGUGCGUUACGUGUAUGGUUUUUAUUUUUACCAUUCAUAAGGCUCUUCUCUCAAUAUCGCAUAAUGUAAAUUACAGUAAGUUACUAUUUGGUACUUGACACAAUGUCAGCUUGAGCUUAUAUUUGCACACAUCAGCAUAUGAAUAUGUAUUUAUGUAAAAAAAAACAUUCGUUACAUUUGUCAUUUACCGAUUUACAUGCUAUUUUGGACUGCAUCUCCUAAUGUUAUGAAUAACAUUAAGUUAUGAACUUAACUCUUUCACCGCCAUUGACGAGAUAUCUCGUCAAUUAAGAGAAAACGCUUCCCCGCCAAUGACGAGAUUUUCCGUCUCCGCAAUACCGCUAUUAUCCACCAGGUGGUGGAUACUUCCGCAACUUUUUAAACCCGGAAGUAUUGCCCUAUGGCAAGCUGCUGCAUGUCCGUGUCUGUUUUAAAGAUCGCUCUGAAUGGGAUCUCUAUGAAAAGUCCGUCACAAAAAUGGAAUUAUCUCAGCUUUUUGCUCAAAAUGUGGUGUUUUUGCAGAAACCUACCCAUAUUCAAAAGCUGAUUACAAAAGAACUACUAAAGGUAGGAUGAAACGGGUUUUUUUGUUUGAAAGCAGAGGGUCUGUUCUUUCAUUUGGUAUAUUGUAUGUUAAUAUAUUUAAAGAAGAACAUUUUCUGGAAGGCAUUAAACUUUUGUGAAAAUCAUGAAAAACGCCGGCGCUGGCUGGCAACUUUUUUUAAAAACGCUGGCGGUGAAAGAGUUAAGGGAUGGAUCAGUUAAAAUAUCUGCUUGGUCUGUAUUGAGAUUAACACCUCAAAGCUGUUAUUAUUUAUUUUCAAUUUAAUUUGAUUCCUUAAUCUUAUGAAUGGGAACAUACAAAAUAAUGCAACAAAAGCCCCAGAAGAAUGACAAUCAGGAUUUUUGUAGAAUGCUAAAGAUCCUUUAUGCUUAACAAAAGCACAAAGUCCUUCUGUGUUGGGACAAAAGUACAAAGACAAAAAUGUGAAUUUUUUUCAUUUGAAACAAUUGAAUUUUUGAUGUGCGGGUAAAGUUGACUAAAUGCCCAUCACCAAAAUAAUGUGACACUUUUUUUCUUGCAUUUUGUUUAGUACUAAUUUCCAGGGUUUCAUCCGCUCUGACAAUCUGUUUGUUUUACUUCAUUUAGCAUAUAUGUGUGUAUGUUUGGAGUGGGUCGGAUGAGAGUGUGUUGGCAUAAAUGUUUUGCAAACCUGUGCUUGCAUGUUUUCCUCUAUAUUGAGCAUGCAGGGAGAGAGCGUCUCUUCUGCGGUACUCCAUUUUCGGCUAUGCUUACAGACCCUCGUCUACAAACCGGUCAAAUGCACCCGAUUCCUUCUUCCCACCUACCAGUUACUGCAUUUGCAUUACCUUUUUAAUAAGUAGAUCAUUUGUUCUCAUUAGAUUCUGUGGUGCAACAACAAGCAUCAUGUUUUAUGUAGAAAUGCAAUGGUUAGUGAAUUUGUUUCUUUGUUUUUAUGUCAUGUGCAUUUUUGGCGCAGGGCUUUAUGUUUUAUUCAGAAGUAGAUGUACAUCUAAUCAAAUGCCAAAUAAAUUGAAAAUACCUUAAAGGGCAACAA